UUUUUUUCCUUUAAAAUGUGGAGUUUACAGCCAAAGGAGGUAAACAACAUCAACAAAUCUCAUUGCCACCCAUCUUGGCCAUGGGAAAGGGGCUUGGCUGUUCCUCAAGUGUUGCCAUGGGCAGGGAGAGAUCUUUCUUUGUGAUCCUCCCCAUGUCAGCAGCAUCUGCAACAUCCAUCCCAGCUGCAAGGAGCCAUAAGCCAGCCUGUGCUUCACCUGGGAUCUCAUGGUGAGAAAAAGGAAGUGCAGCAACCUUUUCUCACCAAAAAAACCUCCCCUCUGGCCCCAGGGCUUGCCCAGGUCCCCAAAAUACUUGGCUGUGGGAAGAGAUAAACCCAUUUAGUGACAGAGGUUGACAGUGAGGAAAAGUGUUACUUGUGGCACAUCACUUGUUUGUGUGCUAAUCACGGCUUUUUCUGGCUAGAAAUCCCAUUUCAGCUCCGCUGUGGGGUGCCAAGGAAGGCUGUCAACAGGGCUCACUUGGGGGCUCCUUCCUGGAUCUCCCCAUCACAACCCGUAAUUAAUUUGCAUCUGGUGUUUUGUUUUGAUGAAUAAUUUAACCUGAGCAGCUCAUCCUGUUGAAGGUCUAUUUUUUGCUCCCUCCUUAACCCCCUCAUCCCAGCAGCUGGGAACUUCCCAGGCAGUGCAUGAUGGCAAAGCUGUUGCCUCAAUGUCAUGGCUGAAGCAGGUUCCCACAAAAAUCUGAGUUUAGGGGAGAAUGGGAGAGUUUUGCUCUUGCAUCACUGUCAUUGAUCCUCAUGGAUACUCAGCUUAAAACACGACGCUUUUAAGCACCCUAGACCUGUGACCAAAGGGGGUCUGGGGUAAAGGGUCCUCAGAGGGGCUCUGCUUCCCACAGAGAAGUUAUCUCUGUGAUCCUCAUCCUCCCCAUCCCUGGGGCUUGCAGGGACUUCCACAAUCCCAGACUAUUUUGGGAAGGUUUAAAAAUAUCCCGCCUGUAUUAACGGGCAAUAUUCCCAAGGGUGCAGCAGCCCCGCAUGGCCACGGAGCAGCCUUCGCCCCCAGCCUCGGCUGUGGCUCCCCCCGCAGUCCCUCGGGGCCGGCCCAGGGACCUAUCCUGUGGUCCCGGGCACUGAGCCCUAUCCCAAAUGGCUGUGAUCACCAUGACAACGCUGACUUCAGCCUCCGCCACCUACUCAGGCUCAGAGCCACUGGGUGCCGGCUGAUGGAUUGGACCGAGGAUGUCCUCGAUGUUCGGCAAGCCCCGAAACAGCACAGAGCGGCCGCCCCAGAGUCCCCUCCCCGAGUGCAACGUGGCCAUCCUGGGGUGCAGAGGGGCUGGCAAGUCAGCUCUGACCGUGAAGUUUCUAACCAAGAGGUUCAUCAGUGAAUAUGAUCCCAACUUGGAGGACACCUACUCCUCAGAGGAGCUGGUGGACCAGCAGCCUGUGCUCUUGAAGGUGAUGGACACUGCUGACCAGGAUGGCCCCGGGAACUGUGAGCGUUACCUGUGCUGGGCCAGCGCCUUCCUUGUUGUCUACAGCAUCGACAACAGGAAGAGCUUUGAGGGCUGCCAGCGCUACCUCGAGGUGCUCGCCCUGCACGCGCGGGGCUGCCAGCGCCGCUGCCCCGUGCUCCUGCUGGGAAACAAGCUGGACAUGGAGCAGUACAGGCAGGUCCCCUCAGCAGAAGGGAUGUCCCUUGCCAGCAGCUUCGGGUGCCUCUUCCAUGAGGUGUCGGCAUGCCAGGACUUCUCUCGGGUGCAGCACGUGUUCCACGAGGCCGUGCGGGAGGUGCGGCGCCAGGCGGAGUGGAACCUGCCCGUGCAGCCGCUCUUCAUCUCCGAGGAGCGGCCCUGCCCGCCCGUGGCCACGCCGGUGGCCCUGCCCACCCACCACAGCUUGGCCACCUGCACCUUCAACACCCUCUCCACCGUCAACUACAAGGAGAUCCCCUCGGUGGCCCAGGCCAAGCUGGUCACCGUCAAGUCCUCGCGGGCUCAGAGCAAAAGGAAGGCUCCCACGCUCACCCUGCUGAAAGGCUUCAAGAUAUUUUAGGACACAACCCUGUGGGCUGCAGAGAGGGAGGAGAGAGACCCUCUGAGACCUUCCAUGAUGGACUCACAGGCACUGCAGCAGCUGCUGGCAGACAGUGGCCCCGGCCUCUGUGCCAGCAGUGGCAACUUGGCGAGCAGGCAGAAUGCCAAGCGUCUGACAUGGGCUGUGGCAUCGCUCUGCCUGCCCCUGCCCAGUGCUGCUGUGAUGUUUGCACCUUGUCCUGCCACUGGCACUGAGGCCAGCUCAGUUUUCUGUGAGGAUGCAGCAGCUCCCAGAGGAGCUGGAGCUGUGGAUACCAUUGGGAGGGCAGGGGCCGGCCCCACGGCUGCCAGCCAGCUUGGGCACCUGACACACAGGAGCCCAGGAAAGGAGAAUUAAUCAUUAAUCCAGCAUGGAGACAUCCACCUUGUUCAUCCCACAGGUCCCCAACUAAGCAAUAAGUAGGAGAAACUUUUAUUCUUUUAAAAUCCAAAUAAAAAUGUGCAGAUACUGUUUCAGCUGCUUAAAGGCCUCAGGUGGCCUGAAAAUUAUACCCAAACAUCAAGCUAAGUCACACCAAAAUUGCUGCUUUUUUAAUUAACUUUUUACACUAUAGCAUCCCUUUCCAAAGGCUUUGCAAGGAGAUGCUUUGCUGACAAGGAUGUGGUCUGAAAAGCCUUUGUUUAAAAGACUGAUGCAUUUUCAAUACGUAUUUUCAAUAAUGUCCUAAAUUAUUUCAUGGCUUCUACAUGUGCCCAAUGAAGGACAGAAAGAGAAUCCUGGAGCAGAUCAGGCUCUACCUGUGCCUGAGCCAGGGCCAAGGGCUGGGUGUUUGGUUUCAGGUGCUCUAUCAGGUUAAAUGUUCUGCUUCUCUCUGGAGUUGCAGUUACUUUACAGAGUAAAAUAUCCAUGUGUAUAUUUGUACAUAUAACCAUAUAUAUAUAUAUAUAUAUAUAUAUAUAUAUGACCUUACUGACAGAUUCAAUAUGGCAGUUUGAUCAACCACUUUGGAAAGUAUUUUAAUAAAGAAGAUUCUGAAAAGAAUAAAAA